UGGGAAGCUUCUCAAUUGCCAUUCAACAUUUUAAAGCACAAGCCGCUCAGCCGUGAAAGCGCCUGAUCCACACUUCUCUGAAAGACACAGGAGGGAAUACACAAUUGCAGAUUUCACCCACUGUGGCGGUGCAGAUCACAGGAAACAACUGAUUGAAAUAAUUUUAUUUGCAAAUAGAACUCUGUUUUUUUCUUUCUUUUUUUUUUUUUUUAAUCGCGUCGCGGCUCUUUUCCCCUCCCCUUUGCCAUUCCGCUUAUAUGGAUGUAAUUCAGAAUCUGUGUUAAUUCACGUGGGGGAUCCAGUUACAUCUUGUUCCGCUCCGGGUAUAUUUACGAGCGACCAAUAAUCGCCUUUGGACACAUAGUUUUGUUGCUAACCUUUGAACUGAAAGGAUCAAGUUCAGAUCUGGUUACCUGCAUUGGGACGGGAAGGAAGAGGAGAGAGAGAGAGACUGCAAUCUCAUUUGUGAAUCGCUCUCAGUGCUGCAGAUCCAGAUUGCUAUAACACAUGCAGUGCAAAUGCAGGUAAGGCACACACACAAACUGCGGAUGCAAAAACAAACUUGGGACUAUUGUGUGUCUAUGUUCUUAUCUCCAGCCUUGCAAAUUCUGGGCAAACGGCUUCUGCAGUUUCUGUAUCGUUGCUUUGUGACUAAUGACCUUGCGCAGAGUUGUUAAAAAAAAAUCCGCUCCGGAGAAAGAGCUGAACAUUUUAGGCGAUCUCUGAAGAUGGAUUUGGGUGCUUUUCUGCCAACCAAAGGAGAUAUUCUGUGGACUGCUCUGUAAUACUCGGGGUUCUUCUCCUAUCAGCUGUGCAGCUACCGACAUUAUUGGGAUUUUUAUUUUUUUCUUUACUUUUUUUUUUCCUAAGAACUCCCCAUUGCUAAGAGGAUUUGGAGUUUUCCCGACACAAGCCCUUUGAAUAAAGCGAAUCACAUUUUUUUUCCCCUGUGUGUGCAGAGAGGGGGAAGAAUAAAGCUAAUGCCUUGGUCGUAAACGGCUGAGAGAGAGAGAGAGAGAGAGAGGGAGAGACAGGGAGACAGAAAAGAGAGAGAGAGUGUGAAUUGUAGUUAACUCUAGUGUCGAAGAAGACGACCUGGGGGGCUUCGAAUCGUACAGUGCUUUUAUUGCAAACCUUGCAAAGUGAUUACAGUAAAAUCAGAGAGGAGGAGGAGAAGGGGGAGGAGAAGGAAAAUCCCAUCCUAUCUACCGAGAUGAAUCUUUAAAAAGCAAAAUACACUGUCCCGUGAACUGUAAGUAUAUCGCAACUGGAAGGCAGGGAGGGCAGCAGAGGAGCCAGCAGCAGGGUUUUGACCACCAAUUGCACCAGCCAUGAGACAAUAAGUUUCCAGGAAUAAAAGGAUUUUAUAAUUGAUUACCUGGACGCUCAGCCGCUCUGUUGGCUUAUCAGGGGAGUUUAUUGGGGGGGCAGGUGGGACUGAGAGGAGGGCGGGGGGUUUCAGUGCAGGGAAGAUGAGGAAGAUGCGGACCCUCCUUGGCUUUGUACAUUGUUGCUGCUGCUUCUUGCUCCUCCUGCCUCUGCCGCUCUGGGUCAGCCUGGCAGCGGCUAAACAGCUCCUGAAGUACCGGCUGGCCGAGGAGGGACCCGCUGACAUUCGCAUCGGCAACGUGGCUUCCGACCUGGGUAUCGUGACGGGCUCCGGAGAGGUGACAUUCAGCCUGGAGUCGGGCUCCGACUAUCUCAAGAUCGAUAACAUAACCGGGGAGCUGAGCACCACAGAGCGGCGCAUCGACCGCGAAAAGCUGCCGCAGUGCCAGAUGAUCUUCGACGAGAACGAGUGCUUCCUGGACUUCGAGGUGUCGGUCAUCGGCCCGUCGCAGAGCUGGGUGGACCUCUUUGAGGGCCGGGUCAUCAUCCUGGACAUAAACGACAACACCCCCACCUUCCCUUCCCCCGUCCUCACGCUCACCGUGGAGGAGAACCGGCCCGUGGGGACCCUCUACCUGCUCCCCACUGCCACCGACAGGGACUUUGGCCGCAACGGCAUCGAGCGCUACGAGCUUCUGCAGGAGCCCGGCGGGGACAGCGGCCGCCGCGCCGGCGGGGGAAUCUCGGCCGCGGCGGUCCCCGAGAGCGCCCCCUACCCCGGCGGCAGCAAGCGGCGGCAGGAGGCGGAGGCGGCGGCCCGCAGCAGCGUCUUCGAGCUGCAGGUGGCUGACACCCUGGACGGGGAGAAGCAGCCACAGCUGAUCGUCAAGGGGGCGCUGGACCGGGAGCAGCGGGACUCCUACGAGCUCAGCCUCCGCGUGCGGGAUGGCGGCGACCCGGCACGGUCCUCGCAGGCGAUCCUGAGGGUGCUGAUCACCGACGUGAACGACAACAGCCCCCGCUUCGAGAAGAGCGUCUAUGAGGCGGAUCUGGCGGAGAACAGCAGCCCCGGGACCCCGAUCCUGCAGCUGCGAGCCACCGACCUGGACGUGGGGGUGAAUGGACAGAUCGAGUAUGUCUUUGGGGCGGCCACAGAGUCUGUCAGGCGUCUACUGCGGCUGGACGAGAACUCGGGCUGGCUCAGUGUCUUGCACCGCAUCGACCGGGAGGAAGUGAAUCAGCUUCGCUUCACUGUCAUGGCCCGAGACCGGGGCCAGCCCCCCAAGACAGACAAGGCCACGGUCGUGCUGAAUAUCCGGGAUGAGAAUGACAACGUGCCCACCAUCGACAUCCGGAAAAUUGGGCGCAUUCCGCUCCGGGACGGGGUGGCUAGUGUGGCUGAGGACGUGCUGGUGGACACCCCUAUCGCCCUGGUGCAGGUGUCAGACCGGGACCAAGGUGAAAAUGGCGUGGUGACCUGCACUGUGGUAGGUGAUGUGCCCUUCCAGCUCAAGCCGGCCAGCGAGGGUGAAGGGGAGCCACAGAACAAGCGCAAGUAUUUCCUCCACACCUCAGCCCCUCUGGAUUAUGAAGCUGUCCGUGACUACAACGUGGUGAUUGUAGCUGUGGACUCUGGCAGCCCCAGCUUGUCCAGCAACAAUUCCCUGCUGGUGCGGGUUGGGGACACUAAUGACAACCCUCCUGUGUUCAGCCAGGCCGUGUUGGAGGUCUCCUUCCCAGAAAACAACUUGCCAGGUGAGAGGGUUGCCACAGUGGUUGCCACGGAUGCAGACAGCGGCAAGAACGCUGAGAUCACCUACUCACUGGAGGCCUCACCCCUAUCCUCAGAGGCACCAGGCAGCAUCUUCAGCAUCGACCCUGACUCUGGGGAUGUGUCAGUGCAGGCGGUGUUGGACCGUGAGCAACGUGACACCUACGAGUUCCAGGUGACAGCCCGGGACAAAGGGGUGCCAUCACUACAAGGCUCCACCACAGUGGUGGUGCGGGUGGCAGACCGCAAUGACAAUGAGCCGCGCUUCAUGCAGGAUGUGUUCACCUUCUAUGUGAAGGAGAACCUGCAGCCCAACAGCCCUGUAGGCAUGGUGACUGUAAUGGACUUUGAUAAGGGCCGCAACGCUGAGCUCAGCCUCUCCAUCCAGCCUGGUGACCACGACCAGGCAGCUGGCAUCUUCUCCAUCGAGAAUGACACUGGAACCAUUUUCUCCACUGUCUCUUUUGACCGUGAACAGCAGACUAGCUACACCUUUAAGGUAAAGGCAGUGGAUGGAGGUGAGCCACCACGCUCUGCCACUGCCACCGUGUCCCUCUUUGUGAUGGAUGAGAAUGACAAUGCACCCACAGUCACCUUCCCCAGCAACAGCUCCUACACUGUGCUGCCACCCUCCAGCAACAUGCGCACUGUGGUGGCCACAGUGGUUGCCACCGACGCUGACACUGGUCUCAAUGCUGACCUCAACUACAGCAUUGUUGGGGGUAACCCCUUCAAACUCUUUGAGAUCGACCCGGCCAGUGGUGUGGUGUCACUGGUGGGCAAGCUGGCCCCCAAACACUACGGCCUGCACCGCCUGGUUGUGCAGGUGAAUGACAGUGGGCAGCCUUCCCAGUCCACAACUGCCCUACUCCACGUCUUUGUCAAUGAGAGCCUGUCCAAUGCUACCGUGGUGGAGAGCCAGGUGGCCCGCAGCCUUCACACUCCCUUGGCCCAGGACAUCGCUGGUGACCCCAGCUAUGAGCUGAGCAAGCAGCGGCUUAGCAUAGUCAUUGGCGUGGUGGCCGGCAUCAUGACUGUCAUCCUCCUCAUCCUGGUGGUGGUUAUGGCCCGCUACUGCCGCUCCAAAGGCAAGCACGGCUACGAGGCUGGCAAGAAGGACCAUGAGGAUUUCUUCACCCCACAGCAGCACGACAAGGCCAAGAAACCCAAGAAGGACAAGAAAGGCAAGAAGGGCAAGCAGCCCCUCUACAGCAGCAUCGUCACUGUUGAGGCUUCCAAGCCCAACGGGCAGCGCUACGACAGCGUCAACGAGAAGCUCUCAGACAGCCCUGGUAUGGGCCGAUACCGCUCCGUCAAUGGCGGCCCGGGCAGCCCCGACCUGGCCAGGCACUACAAGUCGAGCUCGCCGCUGCCCACCGUCCAGCUGCACCCGCAGUCUCCCACCGCUGGCAAAAAGCACCAGGCCGUACAGGACCUGCCCCCGGCCAACACCUUCGUGGGCGCCGGCGACAACAUCUCCAUCGGCUCGGACCACUGCUCCGAGUACAGCUGCCAGGCCAGCAGCAAGUACAGCAAGCAGGUAAGAGCUCUGCGCCCUGCGCACCCCCCGCGGGGCCCCGACACGCACACGCACACACAGAGCGGGUGA